GACAUUUGUUCUCGUUGUCGAUGCAUGUUCUGUGUGGUGAAAGGCACACGAGUACCCGAAAUCGUCACAGAUAUCAUCGAGAACAAGGAGAGCUACCAUAGUCAAUACAUGCAAUGGCGUAUUUUGCGCUGAAGUUGCUGCUGUUGCUGACAACGUCGACAACGAUCACUGUGCAGGGUUUGUCGUCGGCACCGCAGCGCCAUGAAAUUAUACGGUCGGGUCAUGUCCGUUCCCGCCGAUCUCCUUCGGAGCUGAAUCUGUUCGGUAGGAGCAUGGGAGGGGAGGGUGGYGACAGCGACGGCGACCGCAACGAAAACGAUGGAAGCAGCAACACCGGGCGCUAUGGAAACAGGAGGGGAGGAAUGUUGAGGAAAGACGUCAAGAAACUGGAAUCGGGGUUCGACACGAACCCCAGCAAAACCGAAGCCCGGCACGCGUGGAAGAAGAAAAAAUACCAAGGCGCGGGCCGAGACUAUCCCUCGUUUCUGAAAUCGGCAAUUUACCGGUAUCGGGGCCUCAAACAAAAAAUCAGGUACCUKUUCUAUCGCAAUACGGUGUACGUAUUGGAAUGCGAGAACGACAAGUACUACGUGGGAUCGACCAACAACCGGAAGCGACGCUACCGGGAGCACUUCGAGUUCUCGCGGGGGGGGAGCAAGUGGACCCGGAUGCACAGGCCCAUCCGGGUCGUCGCGGAGUACAAACGCAUUCCCAGCCGGUACCUGAUGGGGAUGGAGUCGCAAAAGACGGCCGAAACCAUGAUCGAGCACGGGGUCAACAACGUUCGGGGGGGGCCGUACUGCUAYGGACGGAAYUUCACCACCUCGGAUUUGUCCAGUCUUACGGCGUUCCUGGGACACUACAACCAGCUGGACUAUAAAGAAUUGUCGCAAGAACUGCGAAAGGUCUUGCCGAGGCCGGAUCCAACGGAAUUCUCCUUUCCGCCACCCGCCCGAAACAACUACGGAGCGAAGAGCAGCUACCGGAGCAAGUCGUAUACGACGCAACCAAAAGGAAAUGCCAURGGCAGCGACGACAACAACACCGAGAGCCCGCGCCCGAAACGUYCCRGCCGCCAAAAACUCCGACGACUGAAAAAGAAACAAAGGGCAUCGAGAAAGGCCAACUCCAAGUGCUACAAGUGUGGCCAGACCGGCCACUGGGCSUACGAGUGUCCCAACGACCCCGCGACAAGUCCCGAGAACCGAACAAAGAGUCCCGCCAAAGUCAGCCCCGGAUCUUCUGCUGGGAACGAUGAAUCGACAUCGUUCGAAGACUCGAUCGAUCAAUGGGUUUCCGCUAGCUAUCGGGAUGUACCUCUUUCCAAKCCGUCGAUAGAGGAUCCAAAUACUACCGUGCCAGAGGGCYCACCACAAAGCGACGAAGACAAGCUCUUCAAUGAAACUGUGGAUCAAUUUUUCCGGUCUGCAUCAAUACCGACCACUUCUAACGGUGAUAACAAUAACACCAACGGAGYUGAUGAUUCCAAAAAUCGUCAUUCUGAGUAGCUUUUACAGUACAUUCUCCCA